GCGCGGGCGCAGCACCCGGAAGCGGCGGCCGGCGCGUGCCCCCGGCCGGGCGCGCGGGGCGGGGGGGGGGAAAUCCCGGUCCUCAUCCUGCUCUUCAUCUUCAUCUUCAUCCUCAUCCCUGUCCUGCUCCUCGUCCGGCAUCCUUCACCAGGCCCUGCCAGCCCGUGAGCGCCCAGCACCGACCGGGCAAGGCUGACCCAGACUGAGGUUUUUCUAAACAUCAUGGGAGAGAUUAAAGUCUCUCCUGACUAUAACUGGUUCAGAAGUACAGUUCCUCUUAAAAAGAUAAUAGUAGAUGAUGAUGACAGUAAAGUCUGGUCACUGUAUGAUGCAGGACCGAGGAGCAUUCGCUGCCCACUCAUAUUUCUCCCUCCUGUAAGUGGAACUGCAGAUGUGUUUUUCCAGCAAAUUUUGGCACUGACUGGAUGGGGCUACAGAGUUAUUGCUUUGCAGUAUCCAGUGUACUGGGAUCACCUCGAGUUCUGUGAUGGAUUCAGGAAACUGUUAGACCACCUUCAGCUGGAUAAAGUUCACCUUUUUGGAGCUUCUUUGGGAGGCUUUCUGGCUCAAAAAUUUGCUGAAUACACACACAAAUCUCCCAGAGUUCAGUCUCUGAUCUUGUGUAAUGCCUUUAGUGACACUUCUAUCUUCAAUCAGACAUGGACAGCAAACAGCUUUUGGCUGAUGCCUGCUUUUAUGCUGAAAAAAAUUGUCCUUGGCAACUUUGCAUCUGGUCCUCUAGAUCCUGAGAUGGCAGAUGGGAUUGAUUUCAUGGUGGACAGGCUGGAGAGCCUGGGACAGAGCGAGCUUGCCUCAAGACUCACCCUCAACUGCCAGAACUCCUAUGUAGAACCUCACAAAAUCCGAGACAUCCCUGUAACCAUUAUGGAUGUGUUCGACCAAAGCGCGCUUUCGACGGAAGCGAAAGAAGAAAUGUAUAAACUUUACCCCAAUGCCAGGAGAGCUCACCUCAAAACAGGAGGCAACUUCCCCUAUCUCUGCAGGAGUGCUGAGGUCAACCUGUAUAUUCAGAUCCACUUGCUGCAGUUCCACGGUACCCGGUACGCAGCCAUCGAUCCCUCCAUGGUCAGUGCAGAGGAGCUGGAAGUCCAGAAGAUCAGUCUUCACACCAGCAACGAGCAAGAAGAGCAGUAGGCUUGGGAGUGCCAGUGAAGCAGAGGCAUCACUUUGGUGGUCUUCCUGUGUACAAUCAACUGUUCCCACUCUGCCUUUUCCCUUGUGUUACCGAUUAUCACUGUGUGAUUCCUACAGGAUCAGCAGUCAGUGAACUACCCACGGACAGAAACCUCCAGCAGUGUAAUAGGAUAGAUCUCUUUAAUUUUUAGUCUUUGGAUUCAAGGAAGCAUCUUUGAAGACUACACUUUUAAACAAUAAAGACAUUUUUUCUACCAAAGUCUUCACUGUCAUGUUCUUAAGCAGAACAGUAUAUUUCUUUUUAUAUUUUUCACUUGGCUGUAUAUAUUACCACAUGCAGAUUGUGUCCUUAUAAGCUGACAUAUAUUUUUGUUGAAUGUUUGAUUUAAAAGAUGUUUAAUUGACCAUGUUGCCAUCACUUAUUUGCUUCGUAUGUUGUGUUGUAAGUUAGUUUGUUUCUAUUUGAAAUAAAGCAUUUGAAUUUUUAA